ACUCUUAUUUUCUUUUGUCUGGAAUAUGUUAACAAGUACUUCUACUGCGGUUUAAAACCCAGGCAAAAAUAUAUUACCAUAAGCUUAAUACGUGUAGGAAACUCAUCCAAAGCUUAUAAUCCCCAACUCUUUCUCUCUGUGAUUGGAUAUAAUGGAUAGAAGUCCAGCAAUCUGGAAAUUUGCGAAGAAGAUGAACCACUCACUUGUGCUUCUCUCUCUCCUUAUACUUCUGAUCAAUAUCUCUGUAAUAUUUGUUGAGGCCACACGUAACGUGCACAUUGUGUAUUUGGGAAUGAACAAGUAUGCUGAUCCAGCACGUACCAAAAAGUCUCACCACAAAAUGCUAUCCACUUUGCUAGGAAGCAAAGAAGCUGCACAGAGGUCUAUUCUUUACAGUUACAGACAUGGUUUUUCUGGAUUCGCUGCAAGAUUAACACAAUAUGAGGCAGAAUCUAUUGCAGAUUUUCCUGAAGUGAUCCAAGUGUUUCCAAACCGCAUUCACAAGCUCCAUACAACCAGAAGCUGGGACUUCAUUGGAAUCCAUCAUAGUUCUCCCAAAAAUGCUUUGCCAGAUAAUAUGGGUAAAGGAACUAUCAUUGGUGUAAUAGAUUCGGGUGUUUGGCCAGAGUCAGAAAGUUUCAAUGAUGAAGGCAUGGAUCCAAUCCCCUCACAAUGGAAAGGAAUUUGCCAAGAAGGAGAGCAGUUUAACUCCACAAAUUGCAACAAGAAACUCAUCGGCGCUAGGUGGUUCAUAAAAGGACUCCAGGAGCAAAUCGAAAGGCCGAUUAACACAACAGGAAGUGAAGACUAUUUAUCAGCAAGGGAUGGAAUUGGACAUGGCACACAUACAGCUUCAACAGCAGCUGGUUAUUUUGUGAGAGGAGCCAACUAUGGAGGACUAGCUGAAGGAUUGGCCAGAGGAGGAGCACCUCUUGCUCACUUAGCAAUUUACAAGGUUUGCUGGGGUAUAGACAGUGGAGGUUGCACAGAUGCUGAUCUUCUAAAAGCAUUUGACAAAGCCAUACAUGAUGGAGUAGAUAUUUUAUCUGUUUCCGUGGGGAAUGAGAUUCCUUUGUACUCGUAUGUGGAUCAUCGAGAUUCAAUAGCAAUGGGGUCGUUCCAUGCAGUUGCAAAGGGAAUUACAGUUGUGUGUUCUGGUGGGAAUGAUGGACCCAUCUCAGGAACCAUAGAGAACACUGCGCCGUGGCUCAUUACUGUUGCUGCCACCACUAUUGACAGGGCUUUUCCCACCUCCAUCACACUUGGAAAUAACCAAACUUUCUGGGGGCAAUCUAUUGAUAUUGGAAAACACAAGCCCGAAUUUUCUGCUCUGACUUACUCCGAACGCAUAGCUCUAGAUUCCACUGACGAUUUUGCCAAGGAUUGCGAAUCUGGAAGUUUGAAUGCAACAUUAGCAGCAGGGAGAAUAGUGCUGUGCUUCUCAAAAACAGACCUACAGAAUAUAGAAUCUGCAUCAACCUCUGUGAAAGAAGCAGGAGGGAUUGGAGUGAUAUAUGCUCAGUUCCAUGAGGAUGGGUUGGGGUCAUGUGAUAUUCCAUGCGUUAAAGUUGAUUAUGAAGUAGGAACACACAUACUUUCCUACAUCAGAAAAUCAAGAUCUCCGAUAGCAAAGCUGAGUUCCCCAAACACUGCCAUUGGGAAAUGGAUCUCUCCUCGAGUGGCAUCUUUCUCAUCCAGAGGACCUAGUUCCAUCACUCCCGCCGUUCUAAAGCCCGACAUAGCAGCCCCAGGUGUGGACAUCUUGGCUGCAUAUCCAUCGGUUGGCAUACAACAUAGCCAUAGUUAUGCACUGCUAUCGGGAACGUCAAUGGCAUGCCCUCAUGUAGCAGGGGUUGCAGCUCUAAUCAAAUCUGUUCAUCACAACUGGUCUCCUGCAGCCAUAAGAUCGGCUCUUGUUACCACUGCUUCCCAAACCGGAACAGAUGGAGCAUCCAUAACCGCACAGGGCCUAACUAGCAAAGAAGCUGACCCGUUCGACAUAGGCGGUGGGCAUAUUAAUCCCAACAAAGCGUUGGAUCCAGGCCUCAUUUUCAAUAUUACUAGAGAGGAUUAUAUUCACUAUCUCUGCACUUUGGGCUACAGCAGCGCAUCCAUUACUGGUUUAGCCAAUACCAAAAUCAGCUGCACUAGUGAUCAGAAAAGAGCUUCUGGACUAGGUCUCAACCUCCCUUCCAUUACAAUUCCAGACCUCAAAAUGGCAGCAGCACUAACAGUGACAAGAACAAUGACAAAUGUGGGGCAUAUUAAUUCGGUCUAUAAGGCCGUCAUCCGGGCUCCCCCUGGCGUAAAAAUCAAAGUUGAGCCUCAAAUUCUAAGAUUCAAUCUAAGCACCCAAAAUCUAUCCUUCAGAGCUACCUUCUUUUCAACUCAGAAAGUGCAAGGAGAUUACAAGUUUGGGAGCCUAACUUGGACAGAUGGUUACCAUCUUGUCAGAUGUCCUAUAGCCAUACGUGUUAUCAGAUAUCAAUCGUAUGCACAUGUAUAAAAUGGCUGGUAUACAUGCAAAAAUCUGCUUUAACAACUGGAUUGAAAAAUAAAAAAUAAAAAUCAAAGGAAGGAGAGCAUUUGUGAACAGAGAAACUCAAAGAAAAAGAAAUAAUAAGCUAGUUAAUUA